GUAAUUGAUGUGCAGCUAGUAACACGGGAAGUAUUCGAAGUUCAGCUUGUCUUUAACCCUUUCGCUGCACCCACCCUGUAAGCUAACCGCGAGUAGGUUUGCGAGUAGUAGCGACAUGAUGAACUGUGACAUUUUGAGUGUGGCGUACACUCCUACCGUCUAGUCCCACACGCAGUAGACGGUGAACGCAUUCGCAUUCUCAAAUACCGAUGCAGUGACUACUUUGAGGUCGCAUAAGUUUCUAUACAUCUUCGGUUGUUUAAUGUUUUGUUUUAUUCGCUUGCCAUUUUUCUAUCAUCAGGACGGCAAAUGUUGGAUCAAUGAUUUACCUUGGAGGAAUCUAGAAUUCUAGGAGAGAUCUAUAUCCAGGCGAUUCAUUCUUAUCGCUUCAUCAUCUCGAGUCUUUGGAAGAUGUAACCUAUGAUAGCAAAGUUAUUCGGCCAAGUAUGUAUCUUAGAUGAUGCUGAUGUUCAAGCGUGCAUCAAUCACUCCUUGGUGAAAUUAACGAGUCGUGAGGAAUUUUCCCGCAUCGUCUGCUAUUGCUCUUUUCCAGUCAUUAACUCGGAGCAGACGACAAACGAAGCACCAAUUUUCGUUUUAACCAAGCGCGGGAAUCUUGGGAGACGAGCUGCUGUUGACAGUUGUUUUUACGAAGGAUAAAUAGACCCAGCAUCGGACAAGUACGAUAACCAAAAAAUGGGAGAUUACAACUGGAGACAGAGCGCGGCUACCAGCGAUGAUGACUACCGUUAUUCUGGUUAUGGAGGCCGGGGAGAGGAAGAGGAGGAUCUGCCUCCCGUCCAGAUGGUCCAGGAGGAGCCCUCAAUGCUUCGGGUCGCUCUCCACUAUUGCAUGACCAACGGAGGCCUCAUCGUGUGCCUUAUCCUCUACACGUGCAUGGGAGCUUGGGUGUUCCAGGCGUUGGAGGGGCCCGCCGAAGCCAACGCGGUGGAGAAUCUUCGGCUUGAACGCUCCGAGUACAGGGAACUCCUCAUCGACAAGUUGUAUAAUAUUUCUCAUUGGGGUGAAAUUGAUGAGGACCAGUGGUGGAGGAGGGCAAGUAGGCACAUCAAGGGCUACGAGGAUCAACUAGGCGUGAUCAUGGACAAGGAUGAAUUUAGUGCGAAGUGGAAUUUCUACGGCGCCAUGUUCUUUGCAACCACCAUCCUGACGACUAUAGGUUAUGGGAACAUCGCACCCGUCACGACCGGUGGGCGCAUCUUCUGCAUCUUCUACGGGGUCUUCGGCAUCGCACUCCUACUCAUCAUCCUGGCCAGCAUCGGCACCCUCUUAGCCCAAGGCGCCACCCUCACCUACCGCCGCAUGCACACCAUGGUCCAAAGCGUCAAGGGAGAGGAGCCCGAAGACGACAUGCUCUAUCAGCGUGAUCGACGAUCACAGGAGAUCAUCGACGAGAUCUGGUCACCACCUCCCGAGGUUCCGAAGGAUGGCGAGACGUUGCCGAUCCACCGGGUCGAUCUGCAUGAGACCGGGAAGAAGGGCAAGAAGGGUGGACGGAGGGUUGGUGGCGCCAUCGGAAAAGGGGAGCAGGCACAACCGGAAGAACCGCAGAUACCUCUCAUCGGGAUCCUGAUAUUCGCGUUCCUGUAUGUGUGCCUUCUGGCGCUGCUGAUGCAGGCGUGGGAGUCGCAGUGGAACUACUUCGAAGCGUUCUAUUUCUCCUUCAUCACUCUCACCACCAUCGGGUUCGGUGACUUAGUUCCUGCGGAUCAGAAGCAGCUCAUAGCGUCCAUCUUCUUCAUUCUCCUCGGUAUGGCCGUCAUGUCGAUGUGCAUUGCGCUCGCCCAGGACAUGAUCAUCCAGAAGGUGGCUUGGUUAAGUGAUAAGAUCAGCGUCAUCGUCGCCGGCAACAAGCGAAGGAACGUAGAAGAGGAGGAGGAGUCAUAGCCGACAUUUGCUAUAUUAUUAGGAUGACGUCGGAUAUAAUACAGUAAACGUAAUGUAAAUAUGUGAAUUAAUUUAUCUAUCAUAGUGUAUCUAAGGAGACUGCGUCAUGGUGACAACGUAUCAAGACAAACGUUAUAUCUUGUAAAGAUUGUGUACUAUCAAAAACAUUAUUUGUGUACUAUCAGAGACAUUAUUUGGAUUCGCAUUGGCAUUGUAAAAUGAAGUAAACGCCGACGUCUUAUGUGGGUGAUCAAAAGCGAGGAUCCAAGGGGGUGAGCGAAGGCAUGGCCCUCCUCCUUGUCCUACUUUUUUUUAAAACAAAUGUUAUAAUCAUUACUCUGUGCUAAGGAGUGUGUGUCCCUCGUGUGUCAAUAUUGAAGUCAACAAUGGAAAUAUGCCCCAUUUUUAGUGAUGACAUUUUUAGGGCUUGUCAAUACUUUAUGAGUUAUUCGUCGGGGCUUUUUCAAGGUGGUCCUCUUUAUUGUUUAAAACAAUGUUUAAACAAUUUUCUCAGUCCCCGCCCAACCCUCACAUGAAAUCAAGUACCCGCCAUCCCCCUUCCCCGAAUGGAGAAAUAAUUAUUGAUAAACAUGAAGAAAAAAAACCAAUCACAACCGUAUACGUUAA